AUGGCUGCAUCGCUAACGGCAGCUCGUCAACCCUUGGCACUUUGCACAGCACGCCAGUCCAUAAGCAUUACCAUUGGCCUUGUAUCGAAACCUCUUCCUCGAAGCAGCCGCCCGACCUCCUCCCACCUCAGCCGACCCAUACCUGCCAGAUCAAUGUCCUCAACACCGAGAGGGGGGCCUUUCUCCUUCCACGUCGCAGCUUCUUUCAUCGGAAAGGACCGCCGAUACGAUCCCUCGACACACGUAUUCCAUUUCAACCCCUACAACCGUAUCCAACAGACAAAGCACAACAAGCGCUCCCGCCCAGACAGCGGUCACGAUGCCUUCUUCGUCAGCCGCGUCGGCGACACUGGCUCCGUCGCCCUCGGCGUUGCAGACGGCGUAGGCGGAUGGGUCGACUCGGGCGUGGACCCAGCCGACUUUUCCCACGGUCUUUGCGAGUACGUCGCCUCAGCAGCCUACGAAUACGACCCUUCCGUCUCGUCCCCGGCCGACCCCUCGACGCCGCCCUCCGCUCGCUCCCUCCUCCAAACAGGCUACCAAUCCGUCUGUGAAGACCGCUCCAUCCGCGCCGGCGGCAGCACCGCCUGCGUCGCCGUCGCCGACCCGAGCGGCUCCAUCGACGUUGCGAACCUUGGCGACUCUGGCUUCGUACAGCUGCGCCUCGGCGCCGUGCACGCCGCCUCGGAGCCCCAGACCCACGCCUUCAACACCCCCUUUCAGCUCUCCGUCGUGCCACCCUCUGUCGCCGCACGCAUGGCCGCCUUCGGCGGCGCCCAACUCAGCGACUUCCCCCGCGACGCUGACGUGUCCCGCCACGGCGUCCGCCACGGCGACGUCCUCAUCUUCGCCAGCGACGGCGUCUGGGAUAACCUCUUCAACCAGGACAUCCUGCGCGUCGCGAGCCGCGUCAUGGCCGGCGCCGGCGCCUGGGUCACGGCCGCCGAGGGCGAAGCGGAGAACGGCGGCACCCGCGUCAUCGACGACCUCGCCUCCCUGACCGAGCAGCAGCAAAAGACGACGUCCAAGUCGGCCGUCACCCUGCAGAGCGUCCUGGCCACCGAGCUCGUCGCCGCCGCCAAGGCCGCCAGCGUCAACAGGAAGCUGGACGGGCCUUUUGCCAAGGAGGUGCAAAAGUGGUACCCACACGAGAACUGGCGUGGCGGCAAGGUUGACGACAUUGUCGUCGUCGUCGCCCUCGUGUCAGACGACAGCAAGGCUGCGCCGCUCAAGAGCAAACUCUAA